GCCACUAUGCAGCGUUCGUCGCGCUUUUGAGGCGUUGGGGUGACGCCAUUUUCGUGACAUCCGCGAAGGUGGCAAUUACAUUACUGCGCGUGCUGUGUAUACUGUGCCGCAUAUCUUAUCUGUUUCUUUUCGAGAAUUUGGAAUAACCACUGCACAAAAAUGAGCCGGCGAUCGGAACACUCUACCAAGGUUUUCGUUGGUAGCUUGCCGCCGAAUGUAACCGCCGAGGACCUUCGCCAGCUAUUCGCUCCAUACGGGACGAUUGCAGAAUGCGACAUCGCGAACAGGUGCGGUUUCUUGCACCUGGAGGAUAAAGACCUUGCCGAAAAAGCCAUUGCGGAAUUGAAUAAUUCGACCUUCAUGGGUGCACGGAUCUCCGUCGAGAUGGGCAGAGUGAAGCCUAGAGGCGAACGACGUAUGCGUGGUGGCGGCAUGGGCGGCGGACGCGGCGGUGGAAUGGGCCGAAAACGUGACAUGGGUCCUUAUGCUCGUGAUGGUGGUAACUUUGGUCGCGGUGGAAUGGCGCGCAAUGGCGGCGGUUACCGAGAUGACUACCGAGGUUUCGAUGAAUAUCAGGAUUAUGAACGAUACGAUGAUAGAUACGACAGGAGACCACCGAUGUAUGACGACGGACGUGGAGGACGCGGCGGAGGUAGCGGUGGUUACAUGAAUGAUCGCGGUUCCUAUGGCAAUGGAUACGACCGACGGCCAUACGACGACCGCAGUGGCCAAUUUAGCGGCAACAUGCCACCCGCACGACCCUACGAUGACAAUAGAAUGCAGCCGAGUGGACCGGGUGCGUAUGACGAUAGGCGCACCGGGGGCAUGAACGACCGACGCCCGCUUAUUGAUGAGCAAAACAUGAACCAGGGGCAAAUGCGUCAGCAGGGUUACGAACGCCCGCCACAAGCUCAGACUGACAUGUUCAGUCGGCGCGAUGGUCCGCCGAAACCCAUCAGUACAACUGGCGGUUAUGAUCGCUCGGCACAAGCAGGCAGCUACACUGCCUAUGGGCAGACCAACACUACCAACUACGGCACUGCUGCACCGGCCGCCGCAGCAAGUUACGGUACUCCGAUCAACAACUACAAUCAGCAGAUGCCAGCAGGGGGCUAUGGCGACACUCGCGGUGCCCCCAGCCAGAGCUACGAUACACGUGGGCAAGCGCCGAUGAGCAAUCCUGGCUAUGCCAGCGCUCAGACUGGCUAUAAUACUGCUCCUGCGGCAGGGCCCGCUGGCGGCUACGGCGACAACUACGGAAUGCGUGCACAGAGCAACACCUACGACACUGCAUAUCCGCCGUUGCCACAACAACAACGCGGGUACAGCGACGAGACAUGCCCAACCUGAGAGCGCCGCAUUUUUAUGAAGUUUCAGAGUAAUGUUACCGAUUGAUUCCGUAAUGGAUUCGGAUUCGCUUUCGACCGCGUAGAGCUCAUCGAGGUUGAUGCCAGCAAGUAGGCCCAUGCGUUCGGCCUCCUCCCGCGACAGGAUCCUGCCGUCUUUGGUUCGAAUAUGCCCAGAAGCCGUCAACGAAAUUCCUCGCAUCUUCAUUAAUUCUUCUUCUAGCCCUUGCAGCAAUCCUAAUUUACAUGCGUCUUCCAUGGAAUAAAUUUGGCCAUUCUCCAUUUGAAUACGCCCAGACGGGGUUAGCGUUAGCCCUCGUUGCUCCAAUAGUUCUAUGGGCCGCGUGAAUAAGAUCGAAAGAAAUAAAUAAAAAGACGAGAA